AUGGUUAUCAAGAAGCGUCAGAUUCUCUGGGACUGGACCAACACCGGUGGUGAUGGACACCCAGGCGUCCCUGAUAAGAUCAACCAAGUACCUUUCGGUGGUAACAGCCCAGUUGCCUCCGUGGUGAACUGGAAUACGUGGGUACCCCCUGAGCUCAAGGAUCGAGUACCAUUCCGGCCUAUGGUCCGUGUUCUCGAGAGCACGAAAGGCGGAGAAUGGGCUCAGAUACAGAAUACAAAGUACCCUAUUAUCCUUUAUUUCAACGAGCCUGAGCGCGCCAAUAUAAGCCCAGAGCAGGCAAGGGAUAUCUGGUAUGGCCAGAUGCUCCCCCUGAGGAAGAAUAAGGGGAAGCAACUCGGUUCUCCGGCUGUUGCCUCUGAUGACAACGGUCGGAAGUGGAUCGAAAAGUUUAUGUCGCUUGUGUCAAAAGAUCCUCCUGACUUUCUGUGCUUGCACUACUACUCAAAGAAUGCCAAUGAUGCCAUCAAGUAUAUCCAGGACAUGCAUAACAAGUGGCCUAAGCAUAAAGUCAUGGUUACCGAAAUCGCAUGCAUCGACCGCAACUACCAGGCCGUCGUAGACUUCACUGUCCAUAUCUGCAACUGGCUAGACAGCCAGAGCUGGGUCUUCGAAUACGGUCUCUUCGAUUUCCAGCGUAAUGUUGCCGACGGCUUUGUUAGCCCUGCUGCCCAGCUCAUGGAUGCAAACGGCAACUUUACAGAGCUAGGUAAGAUGUAUGUUCAUCAGCAGCCCAUGAAGGCACCCGGUGUUGCUACCAAUGCCUUCAUUUCAUUGAACGCCAUCGAGGAGAAUGAUUCGCAAGUUGAUGCGAGCGAUGAUGCGAAAACCGGGGAGCCGUUAUCUCACGAAUCCAACGGUGAGACCACCGAAGCCCCCGAAGUCGCGGAAAAUGGUGAACUGGUCCAGUUUAGCAUCGCUGCAGCUCUCGGCCCAGAUCAACAAAAAGCUCUAGAUAUCCACAAUAACAAGCGCAAGGGCAAGGGGCUCAAGCCCCUCGCAUGGGAUAACCAACUUGCCAAAAACGCCGAGAAUUACGCAAAGCAUCUCGCUCAGAUUGGCAAAUUGCAACACUCGAGUGGUGACCAGCGACCCAACCAGGGUGAAAAUCUUGCAUGGGCUUCCAGCUCCAGCACACCUCUCGCCAUGUCUGCAAACCUGUGGAUUGCCGAAGAAAAGAACUACCACGGUGAGCCGAUCGGUCAGGGCGAUUUCGGAUCAUACGGUCAUUACACUCAAUGUAUGUGGAAAUCGACUACCAAGGUCGGAAUGGGCUCGGCUAAGGACGCCAAAGGUGGUGUUUAUGUCGUCGGGAGAUAUUCUCCUCCCGGAAACUUCACCGGUCAGAAACCGUACUAA